AUGAUCAAGGCAAUCUUCUACAGCAAAUUCGAUACGCAAGAGGGUCCCAAGGUCGUCCACCAAGUUCCCGACGGGGCCAUCGUUCCCUCUUCCACCGCACCGACGCAACCCCUCUUCCUGACCUUCUCCGACGUCUCUUUCUUCGUGAUUCCUCGCCAGGAGCUCUGCGGAAAUCUGCUUCAGGUAUGCACAAAUGGAUACCGCAUCCUGGGCUAUCCCAUCUGCAUGAAAUCUGCUCGCUAUGAUCGCAAUGAGUUCAUCUUCAAUUUUUGCCUCGUAUUGUCCGAAGAUGAUGAUUUUAGCACAUACAAAAGCGUGGUGCGAAAGCUGGCCGACUUGAUGCACGCCCUAGAAGAGCAGAGCGGUUUCUUGUCGCGCGACUUUUCAAAAAACGGCGAGGGGAAAGUAUACAGUCUCUGCGAGAUGCUGAUGGAGGAUCUCAAUAAUUAUUGCGAGUGCAUGAUUCCCAUUGACGAGCUCAACACUUUGAACAUAAAGCUCUUCCCAAUAUACCCUUCCCCGCCGGCUGUCAAGGCAUGGUACGUCCCGCUCUUCACAGUACGGUAUCAAGCCUUCAUGGACGAGAAUUGGGACUUGACCAUGCAAAGAGUCGUUCCACACAUCAACGGUGUCAACAGCAUCCGUAUCAUCUCUAUUCUCGCUGACACCGACUUCUCUCUCACCUGUCGCGCAAUCCGCCAUCUUCUCUACUACGGUUGUGUCUUCCUCCUCGACAUUUUCUCUUUCUCAGCCAUCUACGCACCCACAGCCCAAUUCAACGGCACCAUCGCUUCAGACGAAGCAAUGCAACUUGAAUGUGCCCGCUACGUAAAUACUCGAUUCGCACCACAUAGUCCCUUGGGACCACCCUCUUCCCUCCCUCCAACAACGGCUGCCAUCGCCGCAACAAGCAACGGCAGCGCAAACACCAUGAUCGGCGGAAUGCCCCUCGCCAGCCCAAUCACAGACCCAGCAACCAGCCUAUCCCGCGAUGAAUCCCGCUUCGACGCAGAAGAGAUCUGGCCGUUACUAGGUGACCCAGAAGAGAAACCGCACAGCCCUGAAACAAUAAACCCAAGUAUCCCACAAGGACCACCUGUCGUCGAUGGAGUGGGUAUAAUUGAGCUCUAUGCUGCGCUCAAGCAGGGCCAAAGUAUCAAGCAAUGGUACGCACAACAUAGCCGCGAACUAGCAAACAUCGAUAUAAGACGAUUUAUCACAUUUGGCGUGAUUAAGGGCUUUUUAUACCGUGUGCACAAGUAUGCUUGUGCAACAGGUCAGCCUGCGCCUGCACCACGCAACCCUUCUCCGCUCGUUCCAGGUGGAACAGCUCCAGGGACAGGGGCGCCGAAUACACCUGCGCAUUUAUCCACCGGGCCUUCUUCGCGUACUACGACGGGCAAUAAUACACCCUAUGCAUCUAGCAUUGGUGAAGAGGCGCCCAUCUCCUCCGCCGUCGGAAGUAGACAGGAGGGCUCACAUGAGCGGACUUCUAGCUUUCACAGUGGGAGUCGGAGUGGGAAUGUGAGAAUUGCUGGGAAUGCGCCAUUGACUGGGUUGUUCGAGGAGGAUGAAGAGGAUGGGAUUGACGAGAGAUUGUUUGGACGAUAUCUUGAUGGGACACACUGUUUUGAUCAGAUUUGUACGGAGUUGGAGAUUAGUGAGCGGGAGUUGACGGCGAGGUUGAAGAGGUUUCCAGGAGAGGUGGUUAUUAUUCAUCGGUGA